CGUCAGGAGGAGAGCGGAGUGAGAGGAGUUGAAAUAGGGCAGAGCAGGAGCGGAGCGCUGAGAGGAAACCAGCCGGAGGAGCCGGAGGAUGGCAAACCGCCGCUGAGAGUUGGGACGCGCUUACCCGUCGCUACUCACUAACGCAUCUGCUGCUGAUACACCAGCCCCUAAUUAAUCUGAACCAUUUAAGCCCUGCCGAGCUGGGGGAAAGGAGUGGAACUAAAAAAAAAAAAAAAAGAGCGCAGUUUGGACGCGUCGCUGCAAAGGAAAUCUGUGGCAUAAUUUGCUCGCAUUUCCUAUCUUUCAGUCCUCUUUGCCUCGGAAUACCACAGAUAAUCAUGGGCAGCCUGGGUGUUUGGGCUGUGGCUGUGGCCGCUCUGCUGGGAACCUCAGGGUGCUGGCUGGCUGAAGGGCACAAGAGCAGCAGGCGAGGAAGCGUGGAUACAGCCAGCAUAUCACGUACCUCCUCGCAGGAACCACACUCCAUGGAGAAGGGGAAAGCAGACGGGAACAUCGAUCAAUCCCUCUCUGACCCAGACGGAGGUCCCUGUCGGAGGACCUACUGUGGACGGGGUCGACAGUGUGUGCUGAUGGCAGAAACCGGCCGCGCUGAGUGUGUUUGCCAAGAAAAAUGCCGGCCCUCUUUUGUGCCAGUGUGUGGCUCAGACGGCAGGUUCUACGAGAACCACUGCGAGGUUUACCGCACCGCCUGCCUGGAGAGGAGACGGAUCUAUGUGGUGCACAGCAAGGACUGCUUCUUCAAAGGCAAUGCAUGCACCAUGUCAGAGUACAACAGGCUGAAGAACAUGCUGCUGGAUAUGCAACCUAAAGUGUUGAAGACUGGAGAGCAGAGCCAGCAGAGAGACAUGGAGGAGAAGAGAGCACUGGUGGACACCAUGUUCAAAUACCUGGAUGUGGACCAGGACGGCCGGCUGGUCAGUGAUGAGUUGGAAAAGAUCUCUAUGAAGGAGCACCUGGAGGACAGCCUGCUGGAGUGCACCAUGCAGGACCUGCUGCGUUAUGACGACUACAACAACGAUGGACACCUCAGCCUGCACGAAUUCUACACAGCUUUUCAAGUUGUGCAGCUGAGCCUGGCGGAGGACCAGCAGAUCAGCGUCUCCACGGUAACAGUGGGCCUCAGUGCCGUCCUCACCUGUGCUAUCCAGGGGACGCUGCGCCCGCCAAUCAUCUGGAAGAGGAACGGCAUUAUACUAAACUUCUUGGACCUGGAGGAUAUCAAUGACUUUGGGGACGAUGGCUCCCUUUACAUCACCAAGGUGACAACCAUCCACAUGGGGAACUACAGUUGCCAUGCCUACGGCUAUGAAGACCUCUCUCAGACACAUGUGCUGCAGGUGAAUGUCCCUCCAGUGAUCCUGGUCUAUCCAGAGACGCAGGCCCAGGAGCCUGGUGUAUCUGCCAGCCUCCACUGCCAUGCUGACGGCAUCCCAAAUCCCAAACUCCUCUGGCUGAAGAACGGCAUGGACCUGCAGCCCAGAUCCUCCAAACAGCUCUCUCUCAUAGCAAAUGGUAGUGAGCUCUUUAUUGGCAGUGUCCGGUACGAGGACACUGGAGCCUAUACCUGCAUCGCCAAGAACGAGGUGGGAGUGGACGAGGACAUCUCCUCUCUGUUUGUUGAAGAUUCGGCCAAGAAGACCCUUGCAAACAUUCUGUGGAGAGAAGAAGGGUUGAGUGUGGGGAAUAUGUUCUAUGUGUUUUCUGAUGAGGGCAUCACUGUUCUGCAGCCCAGUGAAUGUGAGAUACGCAGACACAUGAAGCGGACAGAGAGGAUUGUUGCUACCUAUGAGGAGAUGUGCCCUAAAGGUGAGGGGGUGUCACCCCAGCACUGCGUGUGGUCCUCAGCAGUCAACAUCAGGGAUAAGUACAUCUACGUGACCCAGCCCCUCCUGAGCCGACUGCUGGUUGUCGACAUUCAAGCACAGAAGGUGGUGCAGGCAGUAACAACAGAUCCUUUUCCAGUGAAGAUGCUCUAUGACAAGUCACAUGACCAGGUGUGGGUGCUAACAUGGGGGGAUAUGGACAGAACACACCCAACACUUCAGGUAAUUCCUCAAGCCAGUGUGGGAGAAGUACAUCAUGCCAUCCGCACAACUUUCCAGAGGGUCAAUGACUUCUUCAUUCCUCCAACCAACCUUAUCAUCACUCACGUGAGGUUUGCCUUUGUCUUCCUCAAAAAUGAACCUGCAGUACACAAGAUUGACCUGGAGACCUUCCACCGCGUCAAGACCAUCAGCCUGAAGAACUACAGCUGCAUACCAGUCAGCAUGGCUUACACACAUCUGAGCGGCUUCUACUUCGUCCAGUGCCAGAGCAAGAGCCACCUGCAAGCCCCGCCCCAGCUUCUCAUCGACAGUGUGACGGACGCAGUGAUUGGUCCAAACCUAAACAUCACAGGGCAGCCUUUUGUGUCACCGGACGGCCGCUACAUUGUGACACCUGACCCGCAGAGCUCAAAGCUGAUAGUACAGACAGUGUCGUUCCAGGGGGAGCUGGGACUGAACCAGGAACUGGACGAGCCCAUAGCUGUCUCCGAUCUGGCUUUUCAGCCUUCCUUCACAGAGUCCAACCAGCAUGUGGUUGUGGCCACUUCAGGGUCAGGAACGGACCUGCUAUUUGCAGAUCUGUCCUCAGGCCGCACUGAGGUUCUCCGGAGCCUCAAGGAGCCCCUGGCCCCCCAAGCCUGGCCCUGGGGAGGCCCCAACAGAGUCGUGGUAUCCAGUGGGUUGUUUGGACAGUACCUGGUGACGCCGUCAGCCGAGUCCCUCUUUGUCCUGAACGGCAAACAGAGAACGCCGCACUGCGAGGUGUCAGACAUCAAGAGAGGGAACACAGUUGUCUGGGUCGGCGAGGUAUGAGUAAAAAAGAAAAAAAAAGAAAAAGAAAGCAGGAGACGUAGGAUUAGGGAGAGACGUAAAUGAAAAAAAGGAAAAGGAAAGAUCAGGCCAAAUUACGUAUAAUAAAGAUUUAUGUGAACAUAAGUUGUGGACUCAACCCUGGGACUGAGCAAGAGGGAUAAAUGCCUGGGUUUAUUGUAACAAAAGUACACUUAAAAAUAGAGUAAUUGAGAAAACAUAAAGAAACCCUGUUGUGAUAUUUCUAUUGGGAGAAAGUGUCAAUGCCGUUCAGUGCAACAGUGAUCUAUGUGCACUUAACUAUACAGAAUUGUACAUUAUUGCACUUCCUUCCAUGUUAUCACAGCAAAUAGGUACCUGAAGAGGGGUUAUUAACGAACUAUGAACUAUGCACAAUGCUCACUUUUUUUAGAGUAAAAAGCUUUCCGAUUUUGUUUAACUCAACAAUGUUUGUCGUUUUCACCAGUGCUGCAUAUAAUCACCACAAACUGUCUGUCCUGUCUGCCUUUAGUGUAUGUGUGUUCUGAGUCCUUUUAAAAGCUACCAACCCCAUCUGUUUACUCGCCUUUGUCAUGGUAUUGUACUGUAUCCUCCCUCUGAGAGCUUUCAUUUUCCUCAUGCCGGCAGAGGUUGGCUUUAUGCACAUGUGUAAUACCCUCUAUUUACAUUGUCUAUCCAAAGAGCCCGAUUGGUCCAUUAGCCGUCGACAGUGGAUGUUUCGCUCGCGGAGGGAGCCUAACCAGAAAUGAGCAGUACAUCUUGUGGUCUCUUGCAAUGGUAUAAUCUGUCCCCUGCUGUCUCUCACAUUUAUUCUGUACCUGCAGCACAACUCUGUGCUAUGGAGCCUGAAAACGCCACUUAGCAGAUUCCCUCAGGGUAAUGACUCCGGUUUACGCUGACCCACAUGCUGAGGCCGUGCCAAAAGUGGCAUCAACUCCUCUAUCUGACUGGCUGUGAGCAUUUGUACAUCCUCCCAGAGAGCCGUGCAUCAAGAUCAAACUCCUAGGCAGGUAGACUAUUCUCACCACGUGGUAACUAUUCAGCUUUAGUUAUAGGACUGUAACACAAAGAGAAUAUAUUUUUAUUAGUUUCUGUUUAUCAACCACGUUCAUAGGAAAAAAAUAUGCUGUAAUUUAAAACCUAGCAGCCUGUUUCAAAAGUAGGGAUACAUUUUGACAAACAUUAGCAAUAUGUAUCGUUAAAAAAAAUCCUGUUUGCAGGAAUUCUUAUUAAUUGUUAAAUGACUAAAAUGACAAUUGUACAGGUUUCUUUAUCAUUAUUAUUAUUAAAAAUAUGUAUACCUACUUUUGAAAACCCCGGUAUUAUCUGUCUUAAGGCAGUAACCGAACAAACACCAGCAACUCUUCAUCGAUCAAAAUCUCUGUGGUUGAACUGCAUCAUCUUCUGUGUAAUUUGCUUUUGGCAUUUGCUGUAAUCAUCAUAAUGAUGAUUCAUUAGCAGCAAUAUAGCGAUCCUGCUUCUCUGCAAAUGUAAUAAUGUUAUCAGAAAUUACUGGAAUCAUAGUGUCUCUUAAACAUUCUUGCCUGUUGACAGUAGUGCCGAGGUCUGGAGCUUGGAUCACAUACUUGAUGGCUCUCAGUCUUGGGGCAGUGGCUUUCUUUUCCUUUCUUUUAUUAAUAUUUAUGUUGCAUAGCCUUUCUCUGUACCUCCCAGUCUCAAACUACAGCUAAAAAAGAAUGUCCUCCAAUAUUGAGCUGUUAAACUGUUUUGGUUUUCUUAUUAUACAUUAUAAAAUAAAUCAGGAGCUAUUUUUCCAAUAAGCGGAUUCCUGUAGCAGGCAGAAUUUGUAUUCUCCCUAAAUAAAUAAAUAGUAUUUAUACAAGCUUGCUACUAAUUUUAAAGCUACUUGGCAUUACCUGGAUGAGAAUUAAUGAAUCGCACACUUACUAAUAUUAAUUACAUUUCUAGAAUUUGCUAGGCUCUACAAAUAGUUGGCCCAUCUAAAAGUUUUAAUUGAGCUUUUCUAGCCAGCACAAAACAGAUGUAAACCAAAAAAAGUAUACCAAUACAUAUUCCAGAACAAAACUUGCUGUUAAAUUUAAACCAAUCAAACAACUAAAUCAACUAAAAAUAGUGGACUAUAGAAACAGUAGCACUAAUGCUCAAUCUCUGGGUGGAAGGAAAUAUUUUCUCGUGCUGAAAUGGUCUUCUGAAGCUCCCUUCUACUUACAGUAUAUAAUUACUGCACAAAUACUCACAGCCUUUAGGAUUUUGCAGUUGUUGACCUUUUUUUGCCGUGUCAAACAUCCUCAAAAGAAGUGAGAUUAAUCUUGUUUAUUUAUCUCUGAAGGCCACCCGCAGAACAAGAUGUCAAAGUUCAACUUUAGGGUGUACAAAAAGUCUGUCGGAGUCCUGUAAGACAAGUGUACCACUGUAAAUCCAGCUGGAGUCUUGUUGAGUAUAUCUGCUCAUGUGUUUUCUCUUGUUUUUCCCAGAUACAAACAGCAGCCCAAAUUAAAUAUUAAUCAUGUUCUCCUAAUAUGUAGUUGUGCCUGUAACUCCCUAAAGCAAUGAAAUGUGUAGGGUAGAAACCAAGCUGUGUAACAAAAGAAAAAAGUAAACACAGGAGUGAAGGAGAUUUGUCGUUCUCGUUUGUGAUUUAGGUAUUUGCUGCUAAUCUGCCAUGAAAUCCAUCCUGGCACUAAAAGCCUGUCUGAUAAACUUUCUGAAGACAAUGACUUAAUGAUGAUAAUGUUUCUUAGACCACUGUUGCACUGAGGAGAGAAAUAUAAUACCUGACAUAUUUAUGUUUAUUGGAUGGACAUUUGUCAAAUUGAUAGCCCAGUUUUCUCACUGUGUCAAUGGAAAAAAUAUUCAGGCUCUGAUGUUUCCCAAAGCCACUAUCCCAUCCAAAGUCACUCCCCAAUGGCUCUAAAUGAGUAAUCUAUCCGAGACAUGCAUGUAAUGAAAAUAGAUCGUCGACAUGGUUAUCAUUGACCUCUCAGUGAUCUCUCACAGUCACAUACAGUUUACAGUUGCUUGUGAAAAUGUCACUUUUCUGCCCUCUCAUUGUCACGUCCGUCAGCUUAUCUCUUAAGGUCGAUUCAGCAGUAUGACAUCGCUACUAGAGCCAAGGAGAGCAAGAAUAAAGAGACUGCACCUGCGCUUGCUGAUAUAACUACAUUAUUGGCUAGCUCAUGUUAUUUGUUUGGAUCUACCUUCAGUGUCACAUGACUAAUUCCGUACCUCUCCUUUAACCCUCAAAGUAAGGGGCUGCAGAGCUGAACCGCUUGGUGUGAUAGACAUUGAUAGCAACCACUGUUGUAGAUAACAUUGUUCAUGUUUAGAACAUGUUCAGACAUGACAAAACUGACUGUACAGUUUUCUUUAUGCAUUUUGUGUGUUCUGGUUUAUGAGGGAAUUGUUUUGUAAGAAAAAAUCGAAUUAAAUAUAUUGUAAAAAUCA